UCCCUUUUUCAGUCCCCUUACUUAUUUGUUAGCGCUCAGGGCUUUUUCCGAAACGGAAAAGUAAAUAUUAGUGCAGUGUCACGCAUGGGCGAAUACAAAAUAUCUCUCUAGGUUCGAGAGUAAUCUGGGUCUAGCUUAAAUAACGGAAGAAAAAAAAUCAUGGCGUUGGAUGGUCAAGUGACUUUUUUGUCAACAGAAUCGUCAUGGGAUCCUCGGAGACCAAGAAUUCCAAGAAGAAGCCCGAGGUUUAGAAUGGACGAGGAAGAUGAAGAGGAAAGUGGUAACGAAAGAAAUCAAUCAAAUAUGGGAAUGAGAGCACCGAUUAUUGGUUAUGAAAUAGUAGAUAAUCGUCAGAAAUUUACGGUUUACAAGAUUGAAGUUAAAAGUCAAAAUAAAAGUUGGUUUGUAUUUCGCCGUUACACUGAUUUCACAAGGCUAAAUGAAAGGUUGAGAGAUGCUUUUCCAGAGUUUCAAAUCAGGCUUCCUGGCAAACGCCGGUUCAAGGACAACUUUGAUCCAGCAUUCAUAGAAGACAGGGCAAGAGGAUUGCAAUUUUUCAUCAACAAUAUGAUGAAUCACUCUGAAAUAUGUAACAGUCAUGAGGUACAAGAGUUCUUCUGCCUGAAUGAUCCUCCUGGACCUUAUGACAGCUUGGAAGAAAGCAGAGCCUACUGUCAACACUUGGAAAACCAAGCUGAGGACUUGAAACAGAAGGUGGAUGAACUAACGGCAGACCUCAAAAUGACAAAAUCACAGCUCUUACAAGCACGAGUGCAACAGGAAGCUCUUGUAAGUGCUCUUAGAUCAGAGCGAACACUGAGAAAGCAAGGAUUGAAAGGAAAUGAAAAAGAUUCAUCCAGGACUGAUGAAUUGAUAGAGAAAAGUGAAAAAAUGGCACAUGUUGAUAGUCUAAAAGGAAAAGUUUGCCACUUGUUGUCAGAUUAUCAAACCAAAAGCAAGGGAAGGAUGUCAAGUACCUUGGAAAAUGAAACUGAACCUGGUGAAGAUCAAUCAUUUUGGGUGGGAAGUGUGGAGAUUGCAGAGCAUUCAGAUGGAGCUGAUAGAAUGAGGUCAUCUAAUCUGGCCAGGCGGCUUUCAACUGAGCAGAGAAAUCCUCGCACAUCCACUCCUGUGUCUAGUCAUAACAGCCCAAGCUGUCUGGAACCUUUGCAACAGGAUAAUCAAAAAGACCUUGGAGUAUCUCAACAGACUGAUGAAAAGAGUGAAAACUCAGAAGUGAGAGUAGGGGCAAUAAAGGAAAUAAAUAACACUGAGGGAACUGCCAAACAUCCAUCAAACAGGAAGUCAAGAGAUCAAUCCAGUAAAAGAGACAGUGGAAUAAGUGUUGAUACCUCACCAACGCCUAGCACGUAAAUUAAUUUUAUUAGGGGAAUUGUAAGUUUGAGGUGGAUUUUUGGAAUCCUCAUAGAUUGUGUAUUUGAGUGUAGUAGUACAUUCUUCUAAACAGUCUGCUUUGUAGUUUAUGAAUUCCUUCUGGGGAAUUCUUUAGUGGAUUUUUAAGUGUAAUUCUGCUAAGUACUGCCCCAAAUGGAGCUAAGAUGAAAAAUUUUUAGAAUUAGUUUUGGGUAUUUAUGCUUCUGGAAUGAUUUUUUUGAAUGUGUUGAGUUGCAAUCUUUUUCCUUUUCAGGGAAACUGAAAUUUUCUUGUUUAGUUUGUAUCAUUUCUGUACAAAGCAGCUUUAAGGAAAAAAAAACCUUUUCCAAUCAGACAAAAAAAUGAAACUGGCAUUUUUUUGGAGAGUUUACUACUUUCAAUAAACUCUCUAGGGGUAAUCAACACUGAAAUAUUAAAUGCCGAAUUAUUUGGCAAAUUCCCAGGCUUAUAAGUUGCCAAACACUAGUUAGAUUUAAAUGUGCCUUAAAACUUGGGCUUCCAAUGCAAAAGCUCAAGUUUAAAAUUUGGUUGCAGCUGUAGUUUAUCUUCCUAAAAGGCACUGCCAGCAUUUCUGUGCACACCCUACUUAUCUAAAUAAAACGAUCAGCCAAUGAGCUUUAACUGCUCAAAGGAUUUAUUUUCCACAUCAGAUUGCAAACAAUCAACAUGAUUCACAACAGUAUUGAGCUUGCACCUAAACUUGAAUUUGCUUUGUUCAACAAUGCUUAGAAAAAUAAUUUUUAAGAUGAAAAUUCAUGUGUUUAGGUGAGGAGUGAUUAAAAGAACUCAAAAAAAGUCAAUUAGAAGAUGUUUUUAGUCUCACUGCAUGAGAUUGCUCUGAAAGCUCCCAACUGAAGAAAAAUGUUUGUUUCAUUUUUAACAUUUUUUGAGUGUCAGCUGCCAUUAAGAUUGCAGUUGCUUUUACAAUAUAGUUUAAAUUUUCUCUUUACAAUUUAAUGAUGAUGGUUAACUAGUUCCCAUUGGAGGAAAACAAAUACCUACAGUUCAAAACUCAAUGAACAUAGCCUAAUGCAUUUAAAGCUGCAGUAUACUGUUCAUAUGCAUUAGUUGCUAUUAUUGAUUGUAGUUGAGCAUAGCAGGAGCAAUCAUGGGUUGAACUAUGAAAGUUUUAGGUUUUUAGGUUUGUAACUACAGCCAUAGGCUUUGGUAAAUAAAUAUAUUUUAAGAGAAAUAUUGAAUAGAGCAUAUGCACUUAAAUAAAAAGCAGAAUACUUGUUUCCAGAACAAAAGGAAAUGUUUGUAUGAAUUAAAAUUUAACUUCAGCAUGAUGGAAUUGAGAAAGCAAAAUGGUAGUUGAGGUUAAAAUUGUUCUUUUAUAAUUUUUUAAACCAGUUUGAUUUUCUUUGAGAUGUGCUCGUUGAUCUUCAUUAUUACAGGGUUGUCAAAAUUAGGUGGCAACCAUAUGUUUCAACUUCUCUUGCUAAAACACAGUGGUCAUUCCAAAUGCUUGUGGCCUAAUUUUCAGCAUGGAUGCACGACAUCGAUGGAAAUAAAACUGGUUUUUUAGUGCUGUCCACCUUGCAUCACAGUCUCUUCACAGCCCAGUUUUCAUAAUCUGAUAAAAAGUAGAAUUAAAGAUAAACUCUUUUGAAAGAAAGGACAUAUUUAUUUUCCCCUCAGCAUCUUGGUAAGCAUACACCAAUUUUGGUAUACUGAUGCCAUGUGCAUAUGCUCUAUUAUCAGUUUUUAUUCUAUUUUAAUAGUUUAUUGCAUAGUUAGCUUUUAGUAAAGAUUAUAAUACAUUUUGUAGAUCAAGAGUUCUUCAGGCAUAAAUAAAU